AUGACGAAGCCAACAGCAGUGUUGAGCUGCAUUUUCAGUAUAUUGACUGCAUUCCAAUGCAACGCCUCUAUCCUCACGCGAGCCGCCCUUGUACCCGCGGCCAAUGCGUCUUUGCCAACACGAUGGAGUUAUGUUGGAUGUUACAAUGACACUCAGCAAGUGCGAACACUCCAAGGAGGCGCAACCACUGAUAAGGCUAUGAACGGGUCUACAUGCGCCAAAUACUGCAACGAUAAGAAAUUUGUUUAUGCUGGAACUGAAUAUUCGAAUGAAUGCUACUGUGGCAAUCAGCUGGGAGCACCUUCCGCUCUGCAGAAUGACACAAAAUGCAGCAUGUCCUGCGCUGGAAAUUCUAGCGAAGCUUGUGGUGGCGCUAACUUCAUCUCUAUCUACUACACCAACAAGCCAGCACCAGCUGGUCCAGUGGUCAAUCCCGGACCUGCGAACUGGACAUCGUACGGCUGCUAUACGGAUGGCAACCCUCGGUCGCUGGCAAAUGGAGUCGCCACUCCAGGAGGACCCAGCAACAUGACUGUAGCACUGUGUACCGCAACCUGUGGUAAAGCUGGUUAUACUUUAGCUGGACUUGAAUAUGCCCAAGAAUGCCACUGCGACAACUACCUAGCUGCUUCUGCAAGUCAGGCUGUGCUCGCAGAUUGCAACAUGCCAUGUAAUGGCAACAGUUCCGAAUUCUGUGGCGCUGGCAACAGACUGAACAUGUACGCUUCUGGAGGUACCAAACCAGGGUUUAAGCCCGGUGCUAGUAGCUCGACGAGAGCAACCAGUACUGCCGUGUCCUCUAGCACUGCUGCUGCUACCGGUGCGAGCAAGAGUGCCACUAGUACUGUCACUUCUUCGAGCACUACGGCCGCGACGCCCUCAAACGGCGUCGACCCAGCCGCAAUUGCGCCUUUCAAAUACGCUGGCUGUUACACGGAUACCAGCUCAGAUGGACGCUCCAUUGCGAAUAGACAGACUGAUGAUCCGAAGAUGACUGUAGAGUCUUGCAUCAAGGUGUGCUCUUCGAAGGGAUUUACUGUUGCUGGAGUGCAAUAUGCACAAGAAUGCUACUGCGACAACUUCUUGCGAAACUCUCCCACGAAAGCUCCCGACUCCGAUUGCAGCAUGAACUGCGUUGGGAGCCCUGGCGAGAAAUGCGGUGCUGGUGGCAGGAACUCUGUCUACACCAAUGGCACCAUCACGAAUUACCAACCUCCAGGCCCACUCACGAACCUCCCUGGAAACUGGUCGUACACCGGGUGCAUUCAAGAUAAUGUCAACAAUGUGCGAGUGUUCCCGUACGAGAUGAUCUUCCAGAAGAACAACUCCAAUACCUACUGCUUGACACUCUGCCAGCAGUACGGGUACAGCGCCGCGGCUACGGAAUACGGCGAGCAAUGCUUUUGCGGUGAUCCUCAGAACGUGAUCGACUACGGAGCCAGGACUCUAGCCAACUCCUCCUGCAACGUCCGCUGCACAAACGACACAGCCGGCAGCAACGGCGGUGAGAUCUGUGGUGGUCAAAACGCCCUGUCCUACUAUCAAUGGAAGGGCGAACCUCUCAACAGCUGGAAUGUCGCGACCGGUAACGCAGCAGGCGCCUACCAAUUCCUCAUCGGCGGCGUCGUAAUCCCACUCAUCGUGACCCCAGCACGAAAUGGCAAAGUCACCUUCGUGGAGAGAUUCGGCACUUCGCAGAAUGCCAGCAGCACCGGAGCUUACGAACUUGACCUUGCUCAAUUGAAUGACUUUUCGAAAGCGUGGAGGACUAUGCACGUCAAGACCGAUGUCUUCUGCGCGGCAUCACUGACCAUUCCCGAUCGCGCUGGCCGUCAAAUCGAUGUAGGAGGAUGGUCCGCCCCCUCGACGAAGGGCGUCCGCCUCUACUGGCCUGAUGGAUCCCCUGGCGUACCGGGACGCUGGUACCCCUCUGCCAUGAUUCUCGCCAACGGCUCCAUCCUUGUCGUAGGCGGUGAAGAGGGCUCCAACGGCGCUCCCGUGCCUUCCCUCGAAAUUCUUCCCUCCCCCUCUGGCCAAGUCCUCUACGCCGAUUACCUCGAGCGCACGGAUCCCAACAACCUCUACCCGUUCCUGACAGUCUUGCCCUCCGGCAGGAUCUUCAUCCAAUACUACAACGAAGCCAAACUCCUCGACCCCGUCUCUCUCCAGCCCGUGAAAACCCUCCCCAACGCCCCCGGCGCCGUCAACAACGCCGCCAGUGGACGAACCUACCCCUUCGCCGGAACUAUGAUGAUUCUGCCUCAAUCACCACCAUACACAGACCUCGAGGUCCUCAUUUGUGGCGGCUCCACCGCUGGCGCCGCGGUGGCGUUGGAUAAUUGCGUAAGCAUGAAGCCCGACAGCCCCUCUGCGAACUGGACCCUCGAGCGCAUGCCCUCGAAACGCGUAAUGCCCUGUAUGACCGCCCUCCCAGACGGGACAUACCUCAUCGUCAACGGCGCAAGACAGGGCGGCGCAGGCUUCGGCCUCGCGACGGAUCCCAAUCUCAACGCUGUGCUUUACGACCCAACCAAGCCGAGGGGGAGGAGGAUGACAGUUAUGGCAAAUACAACAAUCGCGCGUCUCUACCACUCCGAAUCCGUCCUCCUCGACGACGGCCGUGUGAUGAUCACAGGUUCUGAUCCCGAGGACCAGAAGAACCCGCAGGAAUACCGCAACGAAGUCUUCAUUCCACCAUACCUCAUGGGCAACCCGGCCCGACCAGCCUUCAACAUAACAAACCUCGACUGGUCUUACGGCAGUUCCCAAACCCUCUCCAUCCUAUCGCAAGGCGCCGGCGGUGCUUUCCGAGUCAGUAUGAUGGGCGCCGUAUCCUCAACACACGGAAACUCCAUGGGCCAGAGGAGAUUUUUCCUAGCAACGAGCUGUAGUGGAAGUACCUGUAGAGUGACUGCGCCACCCAACGCGAACGUGUGCCCGCCGGGGUGGUUCCAGCUUUUCUUGCUUGAUGGGAAGGGAGUGCCCAGUAAGGCGAUUUGGGGACGAGUGGGAGGCGACCCGGCGUCGUUGGGCAACUGGCCGCAGAAUGCGGGAUUCACAUUGCCGGGUAUGACGGCAGUUUCGAGGUUGUUCUAG